CUAACCCAUUCUCAGGAUAUUUAUUUGUUUCCGUCUAGUUUUUUAUUCUUCACUGCCGCAUUGCCGUCUUGUCGGCGUUUGUAACUCCUUACAACAGUAUGACUGUUGUCCAGUACUACACAGAGCGACGUAACCAGGCACACACAGAGCGUGAAAGAGAGCGAUUGAAGAUUAUUUAUUUAUUUAUUUUUGAAACAUUAAGAUUUCGUCUAGGAUAUGAUAGCUCUAUGGCCAGUUGCGGUACAGUCAAGGGUUGUGCUCUCUCAAGUCGGGACUAUUUUUGAACAGAUUUGCCUUUCGGGGUUCAACCAUGAUCAGACAGAAUACCUAGUUGAAGGUGUUUGCUUGUUCUUGGAUUGUCACCUUUGAGGGAAUAAGUGACGUACCUUCCUCAGCGGUACUAGUCAUAGCUAUUCAUUCCUUUACCGAGAUACAAGUUUGAGGUGUGAGAAAAAGCAGGAUCGGAGAAGAAGAUAGAGUGGCGAUUUUGGUUUUGAAGAGAAAAGCGAGGAGGAGGACUAAUCGGCCGGCCGCUUUCUAGAAGGUUGGUUGUGCUGCAUUGUUCAGCAUGGCAUCUUAUUGAGGAUGAGAGCACGGUGGUAUGCGAGGUGAUGGCGCUUUUGCACCAAUUAGGAAGGAUUUUAGUGGGCUGAUUAGGUUUGAAUCCGUAGUGCUUUGGCGAGAACAAGAGGAAUCCGAGGUGCGGUAACCGGAAGAGCUUGACGCGCUGGCGGGUUUAGGGGGAUAGAAUGGGGUGCUUAUGGUCCAAGGACUUCGAGGCCUCUGCGUUGCCUCCAGUUAUUUCAGAAGUAGAGCACGCGAAUUCAGGUGCUGAGAAUGGACGACGGGUUGAGCCGGAAGCAGUUCCAGCGUUUAGAGAAUUCUCUUUGGAGUCAUUGAGAGUGGCCACAAAUUCCUUUAGCAGUGAUCAGAUAGUUUCAGAAAGUGGAGAGAAAGCACCCAAUUUUGUGUACAAAGGCAGGUUGGAUCAGAACCAUUGGAUUGCCAUCAAACGCUUUCCCAAGGCAGCCUGGCCCGAUGCCAAGGGUUUCAUGGAUGAGGCAUGGAAGGUGGGUCAAGUCCGACACCAGAGACUGGUGAAUUUGAUUGGAUACUGCUGUGAAGGUGAUGAGCGUUUGCUUGUUGCGGAGUAUAUGCCGAAUGACACUCUUGCGAAACAUUUGUUUCACUAUGAAAAGCAGCCUAUGCAAUGGGCAAUGCGGUUGCGAGUUGCUUUGUAUAUUGCACAGGCUUUAGAUCACUGUGCCAACAGCAAUCUACGUUUGUAUCAUGACCUUAAUGCCUACCGGGUUCUAUUUGAUCAGGACGGAGACCCACGUCUCUCCUGUUUUGGGCUCAUGAAGAACAGCAGAGAUGGAAAAAGCUACAGCACCAAUUUGGCUUACACUCCUCCUGAGUACUUGAGAACAGGAAGGGUAACUCCUGAAAGUGUCAUUUACAGCUACGGAACUGUUUUACUAGAUUUGUUGAGUGGGAAGCACAUACCUCCCAGCCAUGCAUUGGACUUGAUUCGUGUCAAGAACAUGUUGCUGCUCAUGGACUCAUCUUUUGAAGGACAAUUCUCAAAUGAUGAUGGCACAGAGUUGGUCAGACUCGCAUCUCGAUGUUUGCAGUUCGAGCCGCGAGAGCGCCCGAAUGCAAAGAUGCUUGUCAGUGCACUAACUCCUCUGCAGCGUCGAACAGAGCAAAUCCCCUCGUACACGCUGAUGGGGAUCCAAAGAGGAGUUCAUCAGCCUUCUCCGCCCCUCCCGCUGUCACCCUUGGGCGAGGCGAUAUCUCGAAAUGAUCUCACAGCGGUGCAUGAAAUUCUCGUGAAAACUGGCUACAAGGACGAUGAAGGCGCCGAGAAUGAGCUCUCUUUCCAGGUGUGGACAAAGCAGAUGCAAGACAUGCUGAAUUCCAGGAAGAAGGGCGACAUGGCAUUCCGUGACAAGGAUUUCAAGACGGCUAUCGAUUGUUACACGCAGUUUGUAGAUGUAGGCACCAUGACUUCGCCAACAGUGUUCGCUCGUCGAAGCUUAGCUUACUUGCUGAGCGAACAAGCUGAAGCAGCCUUACGUGAUGCUAUGCAAGCCCAGUAUGUACAUCCUGAAUGGCCAACCGCGUUUUACAUGCAAGCGGCAGCCCUCGGCAAGCUCGGAAUGGAGACUGAUGCUAGUGACAUGCUUAAAGAAGGCACUGCGCUUGACUUGAAGAAACAGAACAAUUACUCUCGUUGAAGCGGCGAAUCUUUUAAUUCCCUCCUCAUUGAAGCUUUUCUCAUUCCUGAUGCCAUUAAGCAUGUUCGGCGAUUGUGAUUGAUUUUACCGCAACGAGGAGGGACCUGCGAUUACGCUUUGCACUCAGAAGCAUGAGUAGAUUUCUAAGUAGAAUCAGGGUGCCAAAAUUAGCCUUCCAUUUUGGUUGAGAGGCACAAGUAGUGUAAAUCAAUCAUCGCAGCUAAGGACAUGGGGGACGUUGAGGUGUAAAUUUAAUUGGGAUGCUAGUUAAUGAUUCGCUCUGUCCUCUUCAUGCCUCUUCAUCCCGAAUAAGCUCUUCUUGUGUCAAUGCAGCACACGGUUCUCUUUUUCGUUGUUUCAA